UGGCGGAGAGAAACAGUUUGUUGUUUGAUCAAGAAUAUAACGGUCUGGUCCGCGCAGACAAGACAAGCAGGCAGCUUCGAGUCGAGUUUGUUGACCUUAUUUCUUCCCAACAUGAACAGAGUUAUUCUCCAGCUUGUUGCAGUGGGAUUCUGCUUUGCAGUCGGUCAAGCUCUGCAGUGCUACAAAUGCAAAGUUGGCUUCUGGGACCUGUGCAUAACCACUAAAACCACGUGUGAAAACGGGGAACAAUGCUUCAGUGGUGUCGGAAAAGCAGCCGGCUUCGUGGACAUCAAGACCAAGGGCUGUCUAAUAAAGGCUGAGUGCAACCAGACCAAAGACGUGAAUUUCCCCUCCAGCAGCAGCAACACCACCGUCUACACGAUGACUAAGACGUGCUGCGACACCGACUUGUGCAACAAGGCGCCCGGUCUGCCCGGUGUGUCCGGGCUGCCGCUGGCCUUCGCCACCAUCACUGCUCUGUUUGUGGCUAACGUCCUGGUUUGAUGGAUGACACAAAAUGCAAAUACAUACAGACACACACAGAAAACAAAAACUACAUACCACCCACACACCGGCACUACAUAAGGAUUAAAUUAAAUGAUCUCGGCAGACAUGAGCUCUUUAAUCAUAGAGCUUGAUUUCAUUUCCACAUGGGUCUUGUGUUUACUUUCCUUCAGGUGUAUUGUACUUUAUAAUUUCACACACGGUGUUAUUGUUUAUAAAUUGUCCCUAAAAUGUAAUUCCCUCUUUUUUUUUGUAUUUUUUAAGAUUUAUCAGUAAGUUGCCUAAGCUGUCAUUUCACUGUCAGAGAUAUUAAAAUUAGUCGACAGAUGAUGAAAAGUGUAAAACGAGUGCAUAACACCGACAUAUAGAUGAUUUUAAGAAGUUUACCGCCUGCUUAAAGGGCCCUGCAAUUAACUUUCUCCACAUGAAUAAGCGAUAUAUAAUGUUUAGCUUCAGGGCCGAGGGUGUGAAUCCUUCAAGCGUUUCACUGUAUGACUAAAUCAUUUUUGCAGGUCAAAUUAAGUGUUAAUACAGCUUAAAGGAAUAGUUUGACAUUUUGGGGGAAAUGCUUAUUCAUUUAGCUGAGAGUUGAGAUCGAUACCGCCCAUGUCUGUAUGUUUAAAUAUGAAUCUAUCAGGAAUCAGGAGGCGGUUAGCUUAGCUUAGCAUAAAGACUGGAAGCAGAGGGAAACUGCUAGCAUGGCUCUGAAAGGUAAAGAAAUCUGCCUAUCAGCACCUUUUUUAAAGCUCACUGAUUAACAUGUUAUAUCUUGUUUGCUUUAUCCAGACAAGACAUGUUGUGGGUCUUACACACAUUAGUCAUAGUGAGCUAUUCUUUGAGCUGUUAGGUAUAUUUUUUUUUACCUUUUUUGACAGAGCCAGGCUAGCUGUUUUCCCCCUUGCUUCCAGUCUUUGUGCUAAGCUAAGCUAACCACCUGCUGUGCUGAUGCUUGACAUUGAACAGACAGAUAUGAGUUGUAUCGAUCUUCUGUCAGCCGAAGAAUCACAUUUCCUAAAAUGUCAAACUAUUUUUUUAAUUUAUUGCCUUUGACUCACUGUAUUAUGAUUUUUUUUUUCUUUUUUUUUUUUUGGUCAUAUAUUCAAAUACCAAUAUCUAGAUCUAAAAGUUGAAAACAUUUCUAUUUCAAAACAGCACCUAUUAAUUUGUUGCCAGUUGCUUUGUGUUCACAUAAUUACAACUUAUCUAAUAAAAUGUAUAUUAUCCCUUCACUAGUGUCUGUGAAAACAUUUCUUUUUAUUUUGUUUUGCUGUUUUUUUUUUUCUCCUCUUUUUGACACAAACUGCUCCAUCAUUUCUGUCUUUAACCUGUUUUAUUUUCAAUAUUUGUGUCAAAUUCAUUCUGCUCAUUGCUCAUAAGUUUUUCUUGCUAGUUUUGAAUGUGUGUGUGUAUAUAUGGGAAGAAAGUGAUGACAUCAAUCAUGAUGUUGCAUAUAUUGAAAUGUAAUUGAGAUCGCAGCAAUUUGAAAUGUGUCAAGACUGAUCACGAGAUAUUGGCUUGGAUUUCAACAUGAAUCACACGGAUGAAUAAAGACAAUUUAAACCUUCCUGAA